AAGCACUGAUGGCACCUCAACAAUCUAAUGCCACGUUCGGCUUGCCGUUAUGGGACAGAGUUUACAAUACGACACUUCGACUAAUUGGUAACUUUGAGAAGCUCUCGAAUGUCAGAGUGAAUGGGACAUCGGCUAUGACAUGGUUCAAUCCGAUCCUGGCCGCCCUACAGUCUCUCCAGACCCCAAACAUGGCCAGUGGUAUAACUGCCUGUAAUGACCUUGUGACAUACCUAAGAGGAACUGACAUGUUCCGUGAAGUUCAGCCAAUUAUUAGUCAGACUGUGUUUAACAUCAAGAUGAUUGCAGAUCAGAUGCCACUGCUUUCAGUUGCUGAUGAGUUUGUGUGUACUCUGAUGCGAGACGCAAAUCUGAAUGGUGCUGUCGAUAUUCUGAAAAACAGUGGAUUCUGGGCUUCUCUGACACAGAUAAACCCCACAAUGAACCCCAGUGGCGCCGAUGACUUGCAGUGCUCUGCAAUGUAUCAGACAGGGAAGAACCUGUGGGACAUUAUCAACAGCACCCUCCUCAUGGGCAAUGGUCCAGAUUGGGACCAGAUGGGACAGUGUUUUGUGGACAGCUCAAAGAACUUCCGUAGCUUCGCUGCUGGCCUUAACAGUGCCCUCAGUGUUGCCACUGAUCUGAUGACGCUUAUCCAAGAUCCAUCUCUCAGACAGUUGAUAAAUACAGAAGGAAGUCUGGCACCAGUCUUGGACUUUGCUCUGAGAGUCUUCACGGAACAAAGACCUGUUCUGUUGAAGUUCUCUGACCUGUUGAAGAAUGACACUUCGGUACAGAACUAUCUCCUUGGGAUCCUGAAACUGUCACCUGAAUUGGUGUCCUCGCUCCUCAAGUCCUCUAUCAACCUGGAUGCGGCGAUGUUCCUGAACCAGCCUGUGGAGCAGAUCCAGGAGAUCCUGUGUAAUGCCACUCUCCUGGGUGAGGUCCUCACACUCCCGGACUUUGUCACUGACAUCCCCACUCUCAGCAGGCUCCUCUGUACAAACGAUUCCCUCACCACGGCCACAUCCCUGAAGAGUGCCGCCGAAGUGACGAGCAUCAUACAACAGGCCCUGGCAGCAACCUCAACAGGUCUGAGUCAGCAGUUCUUCAACAACAUCAGCAACCACGUACUGAACCUUGUGUCCGACCUCCAGUUUGUCACCGAGAUUGCUGGAAUAUUCAGUAAUGGCUUCGAUGUUGAUAAACUUCGUGACAACAUUCCGAAGAUCGACAGAUUCCUCAUGUCAUCUGGCCCAGAGAGAUUAGUUCAGAGCCUGACUAACAUCCUAGAAGACAUCCGCAAAGUCCUUCCUGGCAACAGUGAAGCUAACACAGUGCUGAAAGAGAUUGGAAUCUUCAUCCGGGGAUUUGCCGGGCUGGAUAUUGUACAGUCGUACUUCUUAGAGGCUUUGACGGUGUCUGACUUUGUGAAGAGCCCUACUGCUGUAUACAACUACCUAAUACAGAUGGGCAUGUCUCCAAGUAGCGCCAAGACUGUUCUGGAGGGAACAUUUUCUAUCAAUGUGUUCCUGAACACCUCCUACAUCCUGGAUGCCAACAUUCCAUGCCCUGAAAUGUUCAACAGACUCCUUUCACUCAACACCACCUCCAGGCUCAGCAUUACACAGAUCACUGAUGACCUGUGUCGUGUCAAUGAGACAGUUGCCGUGAAUAUUGCCAACAUGCUCAUCCCGCAUCUUACAUUUGGAGACCUUCUGCAAAGGUAUGUCACAUUCUCUGGUGAUGACAUUUUUAAGUCUGCCAAUAUCACGGCAGAAGCAGCUGCUGAUGUGGCCACCAAACUCAGCAAAGCCCAACAGGACCUUAUCCAUGCUGCAGAUCUUCUGAAUGGAAAGAGCACCACCAUGAACUACAAGAGUAGUGAGAUGCUGGGAGAACUCUUCAAGCUGCCUCAAGCACAGACUGGUGCCAAUACAAUGGACUCCAUCCAACCUCUACUCUGUGGCAAGAAGCCUGGGGAUCUUGCUGUGGAUGAGUUCAAUGUGGCAUCUGUACUGGGCAGAGGCUCCAAGGCCACCACCAAUGAAGAGGAGCUCAGUGAAUUGGCUCAAGCUGACAAGGACAAUGGAGGUGACUUCUGUCAACAACUGUACAAUGAUAUCCAGUCUCAGAGCCUGGGCUCCAUAAUCUGGGCAUACCUGAAGCCCAUCAUGAGAGGCAAGAUCUUGUUCACCCCUGACACCCCACUCACUCGGGAGAUCAUCGGCCAGGCCAACAGAGUAUUUGAUGUGCUUAAGGAUGUCAAGAGAGUGGCCAAGAUUUGGUCAGAAGGGACUCCCAAUCUUAUGGCAAUGACAGACAGAGCCAAGAAAAUGGGCUCAGUCAAGGACGUUUUAAAGAAUGACUUCAUUACAUCUCUACUGAAACAGACAUCUGGUCUUGAUGCCAAGGAACUUUUAACAGGUAUUGAUGCCCUUGAGUCUGGCAACUUCAACUCCAGCAGCAUGAAGGGCAUGAAGGUUGCUGCUGACCUCCUCGUCAACUACACCUCCUGCAUGGAACUUGAUCGCUCCGUCGGUGCAAGCUCGGAAGAGGAAAUGGAAAAACAGGCAUUCAGCCUCUCAGCCACUAAUAACUUCUUGGCAGGUGUUGUGUUUACAAAUCUUCCAUCCGAUGAUGGAGGGCGUAAGAAGAGAGACACUGGCAAGCUACCUGAACAUGUCCAGUAUAAGAUUCGGAUGGAGUCAGAAAAUGUCAGGAUUACCAACCGACUGUAUCCCAGGUUCUGGGAGCCCGAUUCCUAUGACCGCUUCACAUCCCAUCUCCAGUACCUGCGUGGCUUCAUGCAACUCCAGGACAUGAUAGAGCGAGCCAUCAUUGCCAUACAGACCGGGGAGAAUGCCACGCUGCCAGGAGCCUACCUCAAACAGUUCCCCUUCCCAUGUACCGUAGAUGACUCAUACAUUGGAAUUCUCGGAUCUUACCUGCUGCCAGUGGUGAUGACCUUCGCCUGGUUGGCAGCUCUGGCUAUUGCCACCCGCAACCUUGUCAUCGACAGAGAGGAAGGUCUUGAAGAUGCUCUAAGGAUCAUGGGAAUGAAACCCAUCCUGAACUGGUUUGCCUGGUUGGUGUCCACACUGGUACUGAUGGUGAUUGUCAGCGCCAUUCUCACCAUGAUUCUCAAAUCCAGCCAGCUUUUCAGAAUGUCAGAUCCAACAAUCGUCUUCCUGUAUCUCAUCUGCUUCUGCUUCUCGUCAACCAUGUUGGUCUACUUUGUGAGUGCAUUCUUCACGCGUGUGACCUUGGCCAUCCUGAUGGUGCUCAUCACUUACUUCUUGUCCUAUCUUCCCUACAUCGUCCUCGUCUCCAUGGAAGUCAGCAUGACGUUCUGGCAGAAGAGUAUAGCGUGUCUGCUGUCGACCAGUGCAUUUGGGUUUGCUGCUCAGUACUUGUCUCGUCUUGAGAUGCAGAAUAUCGGUCUCCAGUGGGACAACAUCGGAAGCAGUCCCGUGGUUGAGGAUCCGAUGACCUUCUCCUGGGCAUGCUACAUGAUGCUGAUUGACAGCGCCAUCUAUCUUGUCCUUGGCUGGUAUGUCAGGACUGUGAUGCCAGGUAAAUUUGGCACCUCCCAGCCAUGGUACUUCCCAGUGUCCCCCUCCUACUGGUGUGGCAGGAAGCACAAAGGAACCAGUGGCCUUUCCUCCAGAGUAGGAUCUCAGAAUGUCACACUGUUUGAAUCUGGAGGCGGUGGUUCCGGAAUACCAGGCAUGGCUGUACGGAAUCUGACCAAGAAGUACGGGAAGAAAGUGACUGUUGACAACAUCAGUGCCGAUUUCUACGAAGGACAGGUGACUGCCCUGCUUGGACACAAUGGUGCUGCCAAGACAACAACAAUGAAAAUGUUGAUCGGAAUCUUGGAACCUACGUCUGGAGACGUGUUCAUCAACCAGAAGGGAUCAGCUGGCACCAUUGGCUUCUGUCCUCAACACAACACACUCCUAGACUACAUGACAGUCCAGGAACACAUGGAGCUGUAUUCCGGGAUCAAGUGUGACUGGUCAUCCACUGACCGAGCCCGUGAGAUCAAGAGCCUCCUGUUGGAUGUUGACCUAUAUCAUGUCCGAUAUGUCCGAGUCAGCCAGCUGUCCGGUGGCAUGAAGCGCAGAUUGUCUGUGGCGCUGGCCUUUGUUGGAGGGUCCACGGCAAUUGUGCUGGAUGAACCCACCAGUGGAGUGGACCCACAUGCAAGGAAACACAUCUGGAACUUGAUAACCAAACAGAGACUUGAGCGGACCAUCCUGCUGUCGACUCACCACCUGGACGAGGCUGAUACAGUGGGAGACACCAUCGCCAUCAUGCAUGAGGGUCACAUUCUUUGCUGUGGGUCCCCCAUGUUCCUCAAGUCCAAGCUGGGUGGAGGGUAUCAUCUCACUGCGGAGAAGGCCGCCAAGAUGGAGGCAACUGGAACGUUUAAUGGAAACCAAAGUGACUGCAACAGUGGUCAGGUCCUGAGCUUCAUGAAGACGAUGUUGCCAAGAGUCCAGCUUGUGGAGGAGUAUGGCACGGAGAUGACCUUCAGCCUGCCGCGAGAGGACAGUGUCCAUACACCAUUCGACAUAUUCUUCAGGAAGCUUGAUGAAAAUUGUGAUCGGCUCUGUAUAAGCAGCUAUGGCGUCUCUGAUACUACUCUUGAAGAUGUCUUCCUGAAAGUGACAGCUCUGGCAGAUGACCACGUGGUCCUGGAUGAAGAAGUCCUGGAGAAAGAACGCCUCAAACCAUUACGUACCCGAACUGUUACAGAGACCGCCAGCGAUACAACAUCUGAGACUAGCAGUCAAGAGACGACAGUGAACAUGCUGGACUCUGGUCGGGUGAGAUACUCCGGCUUGUCCUUGAAGCUCCAGCAGAUGUCAGCACUAUUGCUGAAACGUUUCCACCACUACCGCCGUGACUGGCGCAUGUACCUCUCCAUCGUGCUUCUGCCGUUCUUGCUGUUCCUGACAUCCAUGGGUUUUGCCACGAUCCGUCCUGAGAUGGAGGCCAUGCCUAGCUUGCUGCUGACACCGGACUUGUAUGGCCCUGACAACUACAUGUUCUUCAAAGACAUGAGUUACGAAUCACUGAGUGACAGAAUUGCGGAAACAUUGACCCAGAAACCUGGAGUUGGCACUGUUUGUAUGGAAGGAUUUGAUUCUGGUUUACCAGUCACAUGUGACUGGACAAAGAGAUACUUCAACCCCCGAGUUCCUCAGACAAACAAUGAUGGAUGUUCAUGUGAGGACUUCAAACAGAUUUGUGUGCCGGGUUCAGUCCCUUUCCCGAGAAACAUCCGCACCCCGACCGGCAACUACCUGCAGGACCUGCUAGGAGAGGACAUCUCACAGUAUCUUCUUCACAGUUUCGGUGAAUUCAUUGAAAAAAGGUACGGAGGCUGGUCCUAUGAGGUAGGUCCAGAAGGAACAGACAGCGACAUGGCUGCCACCGUGUGGUUCAACAACCAAGGUUACCAUGCUAUGCCAGCAUUCUUUAAUGCCUUCAGUAACUCGCUCCUCAGAGCUAAAUUAGGACAGAAGGCCGGUACAGACCCCUCCAAAUAUGGCAUCAGUGCCUACAAUCAUCCAAUAACGCUGCACACAAUGAAGUUGUCACUGGAUAACAUGGGUCAGCAAGCUACAGAUGCUGGAAUCUCAUUGGUCUUCCUACUGGCCUUCACCUUCAUCUCCAGUGCCUUCAUGGUCUACCUUGUCAAUGAAAACCUCAACAAAGAGAAACAGCUGCAGUUCAUCAGCGGAGUGGGUCCUGUCCUCUACUGGAUCACUUCAUUCGUAUGGGACAUGAUACUGUACAGUCUCACUGUAGCCUUGGCUGUGGUGGCAGUAGCCAUUUUCAAACUCGGACCUUACUGGGACAGACAGAACCUCGCUGGAGUGGUCAGUCUCUUGAUGUUGUAUGGAUGGUCAGUGAUACCACUGAUGUACAUGAUGCUGAAGCUGUUCAAGAGUGCCUCAGCUGCAUAUCUCACACUGUUCUGCCUCAACAUGCUUAUCGGCAUACUCACCAUCAUCACCAUCUUCGUGCUCAUCAUCUUCCAGACUAUUGGCACGGAAAUUGGUCAAGCAUUCAAUGUCUGCCGCUACUUGUUUCUCAUCUUCCCCCAAUUCUGCAUGGGUCAAGGUCUCAUUGACAUCACAGUGAACCACUACAAGUACUUGCUGUUUGUUAGGUUUGGAGACGAUGUGUAUGUAGAUCCAUUCUCCUUUGAGAUGCUGGGCUGGAACCUGGUUGCCAUGGGAAUUCAGGGUCUUGUGUUCUUCAUAGUCACGAUCAUCAUUGAAAGUAGAGGUAGCAGUGGCACAAGAAUCCCCAGCCGCUUGUUGGAGAUCCCAGAGGAAGAUGGAGAUGUGCAGAAUGAGAGACUUCGUAUACAACGUGGACAGACCAAGGAUGAUCUUCUCUAUGUCAAUGGGCUUUCAAAGAUGUACCGACGAGGCAGGAAAUCAUUCCUGGCAGUGGACAACCUGAGCUUCGGUGUCUCAAAGGGAGAGUGCUUUGGGCUGCUGGGAGUAAAUGGUGCUGGCAAGACAACUACCUUCAGGAUGCUGACAGGGGACACCAGCCCCUCCAGCGGAGAUGCAUACUUGAACGGACACAAGAUCAGCACUGGUGACCCCUACCUCGGCCAGGAGAUUGGCUACUGUCCACAAGAGGGUGGCCUGGAUGGUUUCCUCAGCGGAGAGGAACUCCUCUUCUGCCAUGCCAAACUGAAGGGCAUGUCUCAACAGUAUGCUCACAAGGUGGUCGUGGACUUGGUGGGCAAACUCCACCUGGCUGAGUACGCUCAGAAGGCGAUCAACACAUACAGUGGUGGCACCAAAAGGAAGCUGUCACUGGCCAUCGCCAUGUUGGGAGAGCCCCCCGUUCUCUUCCUGGAUGAACCUACAACUGGUAUGGACCCCGCCACCAGGAGGCUUGUGUGGAAGUGUAUAACCAAGGCUGGACAGAAUGGACAGUCCAUUGUUCUGACUUCACACAGCAUGGAUGAAUGUGAUGCCCUGUGUUCCCGACUGGCCAUCAUGGUCAACGGCAGACUGAUGUGUCUCGGCAGUGCCCAGCAUCUCAAGUCGAAGUUCGGCGAUGGCUACACAGUAACAAUGCACAUUCAGGGCUUGUCCAACAACCGCUUCAACAUUGAACAAGCCUUCCUCAGCCGCUUCCCAGGCGCGACCAUCAAGGUCAGUGUGGGUGCCCAGGACCAGCACUCAAGUGUGCUUGAAGUUGGCAUCCCACGGAACUCCACGAGUGUGUCAGAGCUGUUCUCCAUCCUCCAAACAGCCCAGGACAAGAACCACAUCACCAGAUACUCCCUCUCUCAAACAUCACUGGAUACUGUUUUUGUCAACUUCGCCCAAGACCAAUCUGACAGCAUCUCUGAUAAGGAUGACGUGUCCACAUCUGAUGGAGAGACCGGAUCAAACCAGUCAGGAAUACUUCCUGGACCAUUCACCAAUCAGACAUACGCAUACAUGAACCCACAGUACAUGGCGGACCCUAAAGACGAGCGGUUCUCAUCGCAAUACGCCGCGCCGCCAACCUUGCACAUGCCUCCACAGGCAUCUCCAUGAAGGAAGGAAAAAUUAACAAGGCCUUCCAAGACGAGGACAAGGUGUUUGACACAAGAUUGUGAUCAACAACAGCUAUUCCAACAGAUGACUGACUUAAAUAUUUUGUGAAAACCUGUUUUAUCUUCAGACAAAAUGUAACAGUUGUCAUGUACAGCUGUAUUUAUCUGCCAUGUAAAAGAUGUGUACAGAUUUUGUUUUUUAUGAUUGACAUUUUGCACGAUAAUCAUAAAACUGAUAUACAUGUGUUUUAGCUACUAACUACAUAUCAAAGCAGAGACCAAACUUACCCGGUACACGAGUUGAAAGCUGGCGUAGUAUGUAAUAAAAUAAUAGAAAAUAUAAUUCACUCCAAUAUACCCACCAGUAAAUCUUGAUGAUAGACAUGUGGGGUUUUCAAUGUCACCUGAAAUUUCAGGUAUAUAAACUUUAUUGAAAUAUCAUGUAGACCUUUAUCAGCUCAGUGAACAAACUGGCAUAAUGUUUUGUGAUAUUGUCUCAUAACAAUGCAAAUUUUUGUUUUAUCAUGUUUACAGCCUUCUCAGAGAGGACAAUUAUUUUAUAGUAUUCAUAUAUUUUAGAAAUCAAUUUCUGUUGAUUUCAAGAUUUGACUAAGUAUUUGUAUGACAACAUAAAAAUGAUCCAACCUUCAUACUUUUUACAUGACUUUUUUUAUCAUAACUUUCAGUUUCUCAGGAUACAGCAGAGGAAGAAAACCUUCGAUACCUUUGUAUCAGCAACUUUUUAAAUAUCUGCUCCAUGCAACAAUUUCAUUUUCUACUAUGACCAAAGAUUUUGUCAUGAAAUGUCUAUAUUUUAUGUGAGAAAAAAACCCCAACUGUGUUGAAAUAACUUUCAAUUUCCUUCAUAUUUUUUAGCAUUAUGGAUUUUGCACAGAUGAGUACUUAUAGUGGGGUUGGUAGCACAUUUUGCAAUGCUACAUCCAAUUCCAACAGCAUUUGAAGGGUAAAAUAAUUGCUCAAAGCUUUAUUUUUUUAAACUGUAGACUAAACAUUGUAAAAGAUGCUUGAAUAAUAGGGUGCAAUACAAUGUUUGUCUCGUAGAAACAUCUGUCUAUAGUUCAGUGUCACGUACCUUUCUCUUCCGUAACGUGAUGUCCCGUUAUGUUCUCAUGUUAUCCUUAAAAUCUGUUGAUCAAUGAUUUACAGGAAAGAAUUGAGACAGUGUACUGUAACUUGUUUGAAGAGGAUUGUCAACACAUUGCAUAAUAUGAAACAGCGCUGUUAUCACUGUUCUGCAACGCUGUUUUUAACGUGUUGCUUUUUCAUUACGAUCUACUUGGCAUGGAGCUAGAGAGUUGUCUUUCAAUUGUUCAAAGCUCUUUACAGAUAUUAUGUAUCGUGACCAGAAUCAUCAACUAUUGUGAUGUGUAUAUAUUAUGUUGAUACACUUAUUUUGUGGACACAGGCUAAUAUGUAGUGAUUAUUUUAUGACUUUCAUAUUUUCGAUAACACAAGUAUAGAUAGAUACAAUAUAUUAUUUUUUAUAUUUUUAACAAAAUAAUGUUUGUCUAAAUAAACCAUAUAUGAUGCAUCUUAAAA